AUGUGGUCAUUCCACGAGAGGUAUGGAUCGAGCAUAACGCCGAGAUACUUAGGAUAGACUCGUGACAGGACAGUGUCCCCUGUUCUGACUGUGAAACUAUCAACUAGGGCAAGCCUCUGAUGUGUACCAGUCAACAUUACCUUAGUUUUGCUAUAGUUAAAGGUAGAGGAAGUUAUUAUUAAGCCACUCUAUUAUAUGCUUAAGAUCUUUGGAUAGCAUAGAUUCUAUGUCGGUGAUGGAACUACUGCUAACCUAUAGGAGGGUAUCAUCCGCAUACAGUUGGAUUUUACAAUGCUUUACCACCGAGGGUACAUCGUUGAUGUAGAUUAUAAAUAACAAGGGACCGAAAAGGAUUGGGGAUUAGAUGUUGAUCCAUUCACUACAACGCUUUGUGUCCUAUCUGACAAGUCAAGUGAUGGUUGGGGUAGCGAAAAACCAAAAACAAAAAUUCGAGCAAGAGAAAAUGUCCCCCCAAAAAUUUAUGCAAAGUGAAACCCAAAGGAAAAACAUUCAUGCAUGACAAAGUGUUUAGCCUCUGUGCACCUCGAUUAAAAAGUGGAGCAAAAGAAGCAAGGCUGAUUACAACCUGAGAUCAGGCCCAAUUUUAGCAGUUCUCAUAUACAUUUUCUCUUACGAAGUCUCUUUUCGUUUCGCCUUGCUCGCCGGAUAGGACCGAUAUUACCAAGGACUCACAGAGCAUAGAGAAAAUUUCUCUGUUCUAGCUACCAACUGUUCGCUUUAGUAGGCCCACCCGGUUUUGCUUUAUUUACUAUUACAUCCACCCGAUUCGACACUUACUUACUUACUCACUUACUUACCGAUACUUACUUACUUGUGCUAUAGUUUGUGUCCUAGUGUUUGCUUUUUUUGUCUUUUUUUGUUUUUGAACCGAUCUGGGCUGGUUUUGCGAUCUUGUCCUGUGUCACUAAGUCCGUUUGACUUUCAUAUAGAGAGCUCGAAAUGCUGUGAUCCGUGAAUUUCCGGUCACCUAAUUUUGAGGCCCCUGAUUCGCUGUUCUUUCGGAAAGUAUUCGUGAAAAAACCAAAUCGAAUUUAGCUGCUAAUAUAUCUAUUCAUAUAGUGACUCACGUUGUAACAUGCCAAAGAAUUAAUGAUCCUGAACGCAUUCUCUCAGGCUGGGCUGAUGCGUUUCUAAGAUUGUUUUAAAGCUUUACCCGCAACCUUGUCAACGCUCAGAAAAAACAUGAACUGAAACCGGACCAGACCUGACACUAACUGAUCGUAAUCCUGGAGAUAAUUUUCUGCAAUAAUGGGAUGUUAGAUACAUGAUUCGUGAUGUGAAGGAAAGUAGGGUCCUUAUUCGUGACUGGGACCUCCAUUCAAUGGCUAAUUGAGGGAUUAACUAGACUUGUUUAGACACAUAUUUAAUGUAUAAAUAAAACUGGAAGAGAGAUCUUUAUUUACAAAAAAGUCAAAUUAGUAUAUUUACAGUGGUCAAUCUCUUCACAAUAUAAAGUCUCAAACUGAUUACAAUUUGCAAAUUUGCUUCUUAAAUAAUAGAAUAAAGUACAUUAUACAACUUUAAUUUAGCAAACAUUACUAGGAAACUGGAGCGGAAGCUGAUAGCAUGCAUGAAAUCAAAAUGUCUGUAGCACAAAGCAUUAUUAGUGGUGUUUUAAACUAAGGGGUAAAGAGCACUGUUCAUUUGUCAGAAUUGACCGGCAGCCAGACCGCUCCCCCGUUCCCGUUUUAAUGAGGAAAGGUAAGUAAAGGCGCACACGAGCCAAAGACCCACACGGCCGGAGCUUAUACCGGUUUCCGUAGCAUUUAGCAAGCCUAGGAGUAUUGCUACUCCCUCACUGGACGGGAUGCUAGUCCAUCGCAGGGUUAUAAAUAUCUUGGUGUUGAAAUAGAUCAAUCAUUAACUUGGAGAGAUCAUGUAGACAAAAUUGCUAAGAAAGCUUCUGGAGGAAUUGGAGUUCUGAGACAUGUAAGGCAUCUCAUACCUUAUCAUUCAUUAAUUACGAUGUUCAAAUCCAUUGUACUAUGAUCGUAUUUCGAUUAUUGUAGUAUAGUGUGGGGGAGCUGUGGGGAAGGGAUGCGUAACAGACUCCAGACCCUCCAAAGCAGAGCUGCCAGAGUGGUAACUUCGUCUAGUUACGAUAGGCGAUCAGCUGAGAUACUGGAUGAACUUGGGUGGGAUAAUUUUCAGACGCGAAGGACAGGUCAAUUUGCCACGAUAAUGUAUAAAUUGAAAAAUCACAUUGCACCAGAUCAUGUGCCUCAAAUUUUAGCCUGCGUAGCAAGCGUUUCCGUGCUGUUUCCGAGCAAGGACCGCGCGAAAAAUCAUUUCUCGCGCGGCCAAAACCGAGAAUCUCGUUCCUCGGUCUUUCUUUGCUCCGAAACAGCACGGAAACGCUUGCUACGCAGGCUACUCAAAUUUUUAAUAGUACAAUUCCUAUGUACACGUAUAAUGUAAGGAACUCAAAAUAUAAUUUGUUUGAACCAAGACUGUAUACUGAGGCUGAAAAAAACAGCUUCCACUAUAGAAGGGCCGUUCUCUGGAAUAGUCCAUCAAACGCCGUUAAAGGACACAGAAGCUUGAAAUUAUUUCUCUCGCAUUUGUAAAUUUAGAACCAUUUUAAUAACUAUACUUAUCUAAUGUUAUUUUAUUGCAUGAUUUUUGCACGGGUCUCUGGAAGAGCAUUUUUAUCAAUGAGAUUCCGUGAUUAAAUAAAGAUGAUGAUGAUGAUGACCCCCCAGCAGUAUGUCGCCGGUACCCAUUAUACAUCUGGGCGAAGAGAGACAAAGUGGAGUAAAAUUCCUUGUCUAAGGAAUCAACGCGACGGGCGAGGCUUGAAGCCCGGACCUCCAGAUCCAGAGUUCGAGGUGUUAACCGCUCAGUCACACACGCCUCCACGUUGUAAUGAGAACUACUCUUUUAACUAAAAAUGUCCAGCCUGAGAUGAGUCAAUUUGUGAAUAAUAUGCAUCGGUUGAUAUGUAUUAAUUUUAGCCAAAACUCCUUUAAAAAGCCUAUUUCAAUUACGAAAUAACCGGUCCGGCGCCCUAACACUAGUACGUUUUAAUUUAUUAGUUAAUACACUAUAGCAAAUUAUAAAAAGACUCUCACUAAGUAACUAAUUUUACUAUAACCUAUAUAUAUUACUUGAUGUACCAAAAUAGAGGCAGUGGCCUUGGGAAUAUAUUAACAUACAAUAGUAAGAAAAAUACUCUGAUGAAUUACUUCUACUAUAUUGAAAUACUUACAUAGUAUGAUAAGGAAUUGGUGUUCCCCAGCAACGAGGCGUAAUUAGAGGCUUCUGUAUUCGCAAGCUAGUUAAGGAUUGCUGUCAUUCAGAAAUUAGUCUUAAACAUUAAUAACUCGUCAAUGAAAGAGUUAUUCGAGGCUGAAAAUAUUUACAGAUUGAUAAAAGCGCACCAGAAACAGGAACAAUUCUUAAAGAACUCGAUUAGAAAAGUCUUUGACUAAGUUCUGUGGUAACGAAUAUCUUUAAAAAGGAUUGAUCCUAUACGAAUAAAUUCUACUCAGUAUGGAACCUGACACUGAAUAUUUUCAAAGACUGCAAGCAAGGAACAACUGGAGCAAAAAUUGUUCUCAACCUCUAAAUGUUAAUGAAAUUGCUAGAAAAAAAAUUUUGACCUGUAUACUGACAGACGUUAAAACCGAGUGUUCAUACGCUACAGUGACAGUCAUAAUCAUUAGCGACAUGACUCAAAGAGAGAGAAACUAGGUAAUCAUUAGUACGCAUAUUUUCCAAGGAUUUUUACAACAACAGGGUCUAAUGGUGGAGUAUUUACAGGGGACUGCAGGCAAGGUGCUGGCCCUAAAAAUCAAGUUCUAUUAAGAAAACUACAGUAAUUUAUCGAAAAAUUGAGGAGGCUGCAUGAAUUUUUUUAGGCAGAAAAUGUUUUUAGUUUUCACUAUUAAAACGGCUAAUUGUACAGUCAUAAGAAAAUUGACGGAUUAAAACCUGUACAUGUGAAAAAAUAGACCUCUUAUGUCUUCCAACAUCUUUGCAAAUGAGGUGCCACAAUUAAGGUCAAAUGUUCCACUCAAAUGUCUUCCAUUUCAUAACGCGAGUUAGCAACUCUUGAAUCACAGUAUAAUCAGACAUCUUUACCUCCUUUAUGUGGAAUAAGGCUAACAUAGUGAAGCUCGUGCAGGUGACCCAGCACAAGCCGGUUGCGACCAGCAACAUCAUACUCUGGGCAGAUCAUUACGUCAUGGCGAUGCCGCAGACUGCUGAUCACGUGGAUGCACGUUUGAAAACAGUUUGCCGCGCCGUGUAGAAUCACGUGAUCACCCCAUGUACCAUCUGCCAUCAUACUUGUGAGGUAGGCAUCCCAAGAUGGAUAUCCAUCAACAAAAUGAAACAGUUCUGUCCCAUCCGGCUGUAAGAAAGAAAGAAAAAUACUGUAGUUAAUAGAGAAAAAGGUAGAGUGCUUUUGUAGAAGGUAUUUUAUUUAGACAGCCGCGUUGUUUGUUCUCUCUAAGGCUGACCCCACUGGUAUCAGCACUAGUAUAGUGUACACUGUUUUAGGAGUAUCCCUAUUAAAGUAUUAAAGCAGAGAUUUGUUGACCUUAGUAGUAUAGGAGGAGCCAGGUAGACGUCUUUUCUAAAGUGAAAUGAAUUAACGUCGAUGACGUCUUUAUCUCCUUUGCGCGCCAAGAAUCAGUGAACCGGAACCAGAACAAUAAAGCUAUGAUCAUACUAUACCAGAUAAGCUUUGGUGACGACACGAAAAGCCAUCCAGUAUAGUAUGAACAUCGUAUCCGAUAUGUGACUCUCCACUUAAGAGAUCGGUGCAGCACAGCUUCUCUCCGUUUAACAGAAAUCGCGCCGAAAUCACCGUUCUUAUGUGUGAACUGAAACCCCAUCCGGUAUGAUUCUCGUGCCCGCGAAAAAACUAUACGGUAUAGUGUGAACACAGAUUAAGUUGUCUGCAAUGGACAAUGAAGGCGUCAUGGUUCAGAGGUGUCUUCAUGACCAAAUAAUUAAAAACAUGACGCACAUAAUUUAGAAUGAUCUACCACAUCAUUCUCACAAAAUAAGGACAAGAUCCCAACAAGUUACAUCAUCAAUAUAAGAAUAAUUGGAUAUACUAAAUACUACAUAAAAAUAGCUCGCGACGUUAUCUUGAUGAGAUUCCACCGCAUUUUAUUGCUGAGAUAAAGAUGUCAUGUCAUCGACGUAACUUCACAGUAACAAGAUUCGACUACAAAAAGGGGUCUAACCUAUGUGACCUAUACUACUCCUAAAAAAUGUCAAAAAAAAACCAACAGUUAAGAACGGCAGGGACCAACACUUUUAGGGAGUUGGAGUAGGUUUUAGGGUGGUGUUCGUUACACGUGUAAGAGAGAAAGAGAGAGAGGAGGGAAGGGAUGUUUACUGUUAAAAUAAUGUGAGUUUGGAAAUUGCGACUUUAAAACCAGUAUGUAGUCAUAUCCUGUUCACACAAAACUGGUGUUGGUCGACAUUUCAAGUUUAGCAAAAUACCGUACAGUUGAAAAAUAAAAUAGGACAUGAGCAUGACGAUCGAGCCGACAAAAACAAAUAAAAAAAUUUCUCGGUAUCCACUUAUGCCUCCGACUCGAAAAGUAACUUGGGAAAAGAAUGUGCGUUCUCUCAAAAUUUAUCGCGCUCAUUUAGUCACUGUGGGGGGUUCGGCGCCCUCCACAAAACGUCGCAUACAGACGUUUUGCGUCGCAGUCGUGCAGUGAACGACGAAGCAAAGUACGGAUCAACCCCAGCUGCUAAGAUUGAUCCCAAAGUACAAACAAGCGUGAUGCUCAUGCAGAGCUGAUGUUUGGCUCAUAAAGGGUGGAUUCAUUUGCAGCAUACCCGUAAAGCCGUCACAUUCAAUUGCAGGAAUUUGAGGCCCCGUCCACGCAUAUCCGGAUAUAUACAUUUUUUAAAUCGGAGAUUUAUUUGUCCAUUUUAGCCUUCCGUCUACACGUGAUCGGCAUUUUCGGGCGCCGAAGAAGCAGGUUUUCAUAAAUGGUCCAAAGAGUGGAGAUUUUAGAAACCGACGUGCGGAUGGACGAAUACAGAGGAUUUAGAAUACAACACUGCGCAUGCUCUGUAAAUGGCUGCUAUCGUAUUUCAAUCAUUUUAGCGUUUUUAUGUGGACGGGCGAAAAAGAUUCAAAUACGCUUUGUGUGGACGCGUAUUUCGGAUACGUGUGGACAGGGCCUUAUUGUUUUUAACUUUAAGAGGAAUUAAAACAAUGUAGCGGGCAAAUGCCACAGCUAUGCUCGUAUACUGCAAAUGUGUGCACCCUAAUAAGGUAAUAAGAUACUUACCAGCCUGGGGUUUUCCCGAAGGUGUUGUACAACAGUUCGGCGUAACUCAUCAUGGGAGAUUUGAAUUCCUUUGAUGAGGUCAAGCUGCUCUGAAAGUGCAAAAAACAUGCAGUUUCCCUCUCCUUGAUUGUCAGAUAUCGCAAAACCUUUUUCCAACGCAGUCUUCUUUAACGCCUGCGAAAGCUCAGUCUUGCUGGACUCUGUGCGUGCUUGCAGCAGGAUUUGUUGAAGUGUACGGAAAAUGAGUUCACCUGAAAGCGGAAGAUGAAAAAGACAAAAUAAGAUAGAGGUUAUUUCACGCCAGUUUUGUAGGAGAUGAUGAUAAUGAUAACGAUAAUGAUAAAGAAUUUGUAUGGUGCUAGAACUAUAAAAUAUUCAAAAGCGCUUCACAUUAAGUUACAAUUAAAAAAAUUCCUAAAAAGCUCAUAAUAACGAUAAUAAUAAUAAUAAAAAAAUUCCAUGCUAUGCGAAAAACUAAAAAGUCUAAAAUUCUAUACAAAAUUAAAAUUAAAAUAUUCAAGCACUAAACUUCAGAGUUAUUCUAGUAAAGUAUAAGCUUUCCUAAAAAGAAAUGUUUUAAGAUUCUUUUUAAAAAUGGCUCCUACUUCUUCUUUUAGUUAAUGGCAGCGAGUUCCAUAAAACAGGUGCAGCACAGUGCACUAGUCUGAAACUUACAACAGUCGACAAUUUCAGAAAAAUUACUGUGGUUUUAAAAGAACAAAGUAACUGCACUCUACUGCAAAAAUAUAUUUUGGCUUUGGUUUAAUUGACAAAGCAAACAAUGACAUCACCUGCCAUCGGUCCUGUUGCAGCAUCUUUUUCAAAACCAUUCUGUGGAAGGUCAUCUUGGGUUUUUUCAACACCUGUAAAGUUUAAAAUUAGCAGUGAAUUUAAGUGGCUUGGCCUGUAAAACUGGGAUUCAAACCCAGCAAGCACUGGAGACAAGAGCUCCCGGGACUGAUAUUUCAGUGUCUGAUGGUUAAAACUUACUAUUAAAACCAGAUAAACUGGGAUUCCAGCCCAGCAAGCAAGGGGGACAGGAGCUCCCAGGACUGAUAUUUCGGUCUAGGAUAGUUAAAUCAUUAUUAAACUAGAUAAACUGGGAUUCCAACCCAGCAAGCAUGGGAGACAGGUGCUCCCAGGACUGAUUUUGUAAUCCAUGAUAGUUAAAACUUACUAUUAAAAUUAGAUAAACUGGGAUUCCAAGCAAGGGAGACAGGUGCUUUCAGGACUAAUAUUUGAGUCUAUGAUAGUUAAAUCAUCGUUAAAACUAGACAAACUGGGAUUCCAACCCAGCGAGCAAGGGAAACAAGAAGAAAAAGAAGAAGAAGAACAUUUAUUAAUUUAUGCCGCUCAGGGUAGCCCCUUCAGACGCAAAAAGCUGUCUGUUAUCAAUGGGAGCCCUGAGCAACAACGCACAAAAGAGCAAGGAAGACAGGAGCUUUAGGGACUGCUAUUUCAGUCUAUGAUAGUUACAUCGCUAUUAAGACUAGAUAAACUGGGAUUCCAACCCAGCAAGCAAGGGAGACUGUAAGCGGGAGAGGGAAACAGUUAUUUUACAUAUACGUCAGUUUACUCGGAGAUGCUACACUAAACAUUGAAAAGCUAAAAGCAUCCGAAUAAUCGAAAGCACCCUUGUUCAACAGAAGAAAAUAACCUCACUCUUACCUGCCAUCGGUCCUGUUGCAGCAACUUUUUCACAGUCGUUCGGUGGAAAGUCACCUUCUUUGUUUUUUUCAAGACCUGUAAAUUAAAAAAAGUGUUGAUUAUAACAAAAAAAUGUCACUUAAAAAAAGGAAGAUUCCAACCUUUAAGGCUUCCAUUCAUUUUUUGUUAUAAGUUAUGACCCAAAAGUUUGGCUGGGCUUUUUUUGUUAUUUUCUUUUUAUAUACAAGAGAACCCCAAAAUUGCUGCCGAAUAGAAAUCAGACGACUUUGAUGUAUCGCAAUGUUAUAGAUUUUAAUUUUCUUUUAUCGUUAACUCCUUCAAGUGUAGCCAACAUUUUAUAAAAUUAUACAUAAAAGUUUUAAAGAAUAGAAUUGAUAAGCCGGUAAAAAAGAUUUUGAUUAUUAAACAAAUUCUCCUCAUCAGUAACACAAGAUAUGUAUGGAGAACAGUGUGGAGAGUGUGAAUGCUAACAUUAAGGUUAAAAAGGCUAACGACAAUAGCGAUGCACGUGGACCACGAAACAUAAUAUAGUAAAAAUGUAUUUAUGCACUCGCUAUUGCAGAAGCCAUGGCCAUACAGUGAUGAAAGAAGAAGGUCAAAUGAAGGAUAAUCCUGAUAAGAUAUGCAUUUUAACAUUUUCAAGUACUAAUUAUUAUUAUUAUCGUUACUUUUCUAUCGGUAAAUUUGAUUUCUUACCAUAGACCAUCUUCCACAUUCUUGCAACAAGGGCCUGGCACUGUCUGUCCCAAGAGAAUCUUUCAUCAUAACUUAUUCGCAGUCUUUGGAUUUCCUCAAGCCGCUGUGUCCUUGA